CGGUGCAGCCGGUGCACGCAUUCACCUCGAACUCUUUCUCUCUCUCGCUCUCUCACUCGGUACCAGAUCUCUGCAGGGUCCAGUCAAGGAAGAUGCGAGAGCUGGUGAUCGCUUCCUGAUACAUCGUCGUCAAUUUCCGAUCGACGAUCAAACCCCCCAACUCCUACAUGGUGAAAUUGACGUUCGAGCACGUCAAUGGAUAACAUCAGCGAGAUACAGACGGCCGGAUGACGCCACUCGUUGUCGUUCGCGACAUGGGAAUAUGGCGAAUAUCAAGGUGGCCGUGCGCGUGAGACCGAUAUCUGCUAGGGAAUUAAACUUGACGGGCUCCGAACUAGUGGUACGCACGAGUGAGCCGAACGAGAUCUUCCUGACGAAUUUGAAGGUGUCCUCGAGCAAGGCCGGAGACAGUCGCGAGAGAAUCCGGAGAUAUGGUUUUGAUUAUUGCUUCGAUUCGUCGAAUCCCGAAGCGAGGAAUUACGCCACUCAAGCAACGAUCUACGAGACGCUCGGCCAAUCGAUCCUGGACACCAUGUUCUCCGGAUAUAAUUCUUGUCUGGUGGCUUACGGGCAAAGCGCGUCCGGAAAAACCUACACCAUGACGGGCACGAAGGAGGAUCCGGGACUCAUUCCGCGACUUUGCGAGGGGAUCUUCUCGAGGGUUGAAGAGGAGAACGAGCGCGAGAGAAGCUAUCGCGUGACCAUUAGUUAUUUCGAGAUAUAUAACGAGAAGGUGAGGGAUCUUCUGAAGCCGUCGACGAGUGCGAGCGGGUUGAGAGUUCGAGAACAUCCUCGUCUAGGACCUUAUGUUCAAGGAUUAACGCACCACGUGGUCCGUACCCUGGGGUCGUUGAUGUCAUACGUUGAGGAGGGAACGAAGGCCAGGAAGACAGCGUCGACGCUUCAGAAUCCCAGCAGCAGUCGUAGCCACGCUCUGCUGACCGUCAAUCUCUCGCAGGAGACGAGCGAGCAGCGUCCUGACGCCAACGACUCCUCCAGAAGGCAGGAUGCCGCUCGCGCCAGCAGCAGCAGAUUGCACCUGGUCGAUCUGGCGGGCAGCGAGAGCGCGGCCACCUGCAGUGGCGUUCAUCGACUGAAGGAAGGCGCGAAUAUCAACAAAAGCUUGGUGGCUUUGGGAAACGUGAUAUCCGCACUUGCCGAAAGAGGUUCUACCGGAACUGGGCCAGGCAAAAGAUACAUCCCUUACAGGGAUUCCUCGCUCACUUGGCUGUUGAAGGAUGCACUCGGCGGAAAUGCUACCACCAUUAUGCUCGCCACGAUUUCCCCGGCCAGCGGAAGUUACAACGAAACCGCGCACACUCUGCGAUUCGCGCAAAGAGCGCAGAGCGUGGUCAACCGACCGAUGGUCAAUGAGGAUCCCGUGGAGAGAAUCAUCCGUGAACUGAAAGCUGAGAUUGCCCGACUGAAAUCCUUGUUACUGGAGAAGGAUAUCGACGGUAACACCCAAGCGCCGUGUUGUUGCGGCAAAGCUCAAAGUUCAAAGUACACAACGACGGAACUCUCACAUCACGAAGAACAGAUAUCGUCCUCCGAAAAAUCUGAUCGCAAAGACGAGUCGAAGGACGAAAAAUCUCUUUACGCGCUUUCGCUCAGAAGAUCCAACUCCAGCGACAGCGUGACGACCUGUGAAACCGGCUCUUCAGGUUUCAUCAGAAGGUUCAGUUCCUGCGAUCUGCAAUCCUCGGAUCGUUUUAACUACAAUCGAGCCAAGAUCACAGAAUUGAACGACGAGGAGGAUGAGGUCGUAGACGAGAUCAACGAACCUGUUUUCGUUGAUAUACCGACGCUCGUAGCGGUGUUGAUCAAGCCGGACGAUAGUCUACAGGAAUCGUCGACGCAGAUCGAAGAAAUCUGUUCCGACGAGGUGCAAGAGGAUUCUAUCGACACCGAUUUCAUAGAGGGCGGCAACGAGGAGUUCGAGGAAUCGGAAAAGAUCGAUUACAUCAAUUCCGACGAUCGCAGUAAUUUGACGAAUUUGUGUAACGGUUUGAAAGACACGGAAAUCGGCGAGCUUCAUCAUCAGAUUUCGCCGGACAGUUCCCCACGUAGUCCGUCAUCGGUCGGAAGAAACGAAUCGAGAGGAAAAUUCAGCAAGCAAAACUCCAUCGAUCUCCCGUCAUCGAACUUGAACGUCUCGAGAAAAUUCGGCUCGAUCGAAGGGAUCAGUAAGAGAAAAGAACCGAUAUUGAGUUUUCAGCGAUCGCACACAAAUCUGGAGAAACAUUCGUCGCUGGCCGAUCGUGGGAAAAAGCUGAACAAUAUCCGUGAGAUCGACGAUCACAAGGCGAGCACCAAGUCGGGAAAUAUCUGGAAGGCGAUCGGCAACAAGGAUCUCUUGCAGCGUAAGAGCAGCAAUGAGUCCGACAAGAGUCUAAAGGAAUCCAGCAGCGGCAGGACAUCCGGUUACGUCAGCAACAUCGGCAGAAAACCGAGUUUGGAGAACCUGAAGAGGAAGACCAGUAAAGACAGUAGUUCGAGCAGUUCCAAAGAGGAGCAGAUUUUGAUCUCGAACUUGACACGUGACAAACUAUUGCGCCGAAAGAACUCGUUGGAGCAGGAAGCGACGACGACGAGCGGAGGCAGAUAUCACACAGCUAUCCAGCGAGUGAAACGCUCCGAAAUCGUCGCUGCCGUUACCGAGAGACUCUAUUCAAGCAGAAAGCAACCAGAAGAGUCUAUGGACAUACGUUCACCGCCGGAAGGUAUCGACACGAAAGUAUCUAAUAAUCUCGUGACACGAUCAAAACUCCAGGAUAUCUCAAGGAAGAUGUUGUUGAGACGGCGAAGGGUUAACGUGGACACGCAGACAGAAGCGGCGUCGACUCUGCGCCUCAAAGAUACGGCGAGUCUGACGGACGACGAGCCGAAGGUGGUUCUUCAGGAUGCGGCAAUUCUCACAGACGAUCACACGGACGUCGUCGCGACUACGUCAACUCAACGGCUACCUGUUCUCCGAGUGAAGGACAUGGCCACGCUGACGGACCGACGACCGCAAACGGACAUUUUCCGUUGCAAGGACGUCGGUUGCCUAGCCAACGACCUCGAUUUCGACGACUACGAGCUGCACUCGUCGCGAAACGAUUCUGGCGUGCUGUCCGACGACACGCAGAAUUACGAGAGCAACUUGUCGAGCGCCGAGGUGUUCGAACUUUCUCCAGAGGGUGACAAAAAAGUGCCGUACGCGGACAGCUCGACCAACACGUCCAAUCUCGUAUUGUCCGGUAAAGAUUCGGCGAUGCAAACGGUGCGUCGAGAAGUGGCAAAUCGGGAAUUGACAAAUCAGAAAGUGGUGAAUCAAAAAGUGACGGAUCAGAGGGAGAACUCGGAGAACAGAAGUUGCGGUCAUUGUUGCAGUCUGAUUCAUCAGCACCCGCAGUGCUUGGUGUCACCCCCGACGAACAGUAUCGAGAAAAAUAUCAUCUCCAUAUCUUUACCGGACAUGAUCAACAUAACUAUAGAAAGUACAAACGGACUGGAGUCGAGGAUUGCUGUGACGGACGGCGAUACAGCGUCCGAUACAGCGGAAGAAAAACCGAAAUCCAUUUAUAGUGAUAAGGAAUCCCAAACGAGUGAGAUCAAAUGCGAGGAGUCUUCUCCGCAAGACCCCGCAGUCAGAUCAACAGCCGUUCAAGCGGACGGCAGAGUCUUCAGGAUCGAAAACAUCUUCCAAGAUACGAGGACCAAGAACUGCUACGAUGCCGUGUCUUCCGAUUCGAGGAGAGAAGUUGCAACGAAGAAGUCGGUGACCUUGAGAAAUUCUCGAGGCACGGAAUACUCGUCCGUUAUCGAGAUGACGGAAAAUGGCGCGGAAACGGAAUGGGACGAGAUGCAGCCCGUUGAAAAAAUUUAUCAGACAAAACGGCCGAUCGUCAAGAGUUUAACGCAAGCUUUUAUCGCUAAGAGACGCAGUUACAGUGCGAGUCCAGAAAGAACGGCGUACGAAUUUAUCGGUCGAGAUUCGGAAAGACCGAACUCUUCCGAGACAAUGGGACUGUGGAAAAACUGGACUCUUCCAUAUUCACAAAAAUUAUCGAGACUCAUCGAUUGUUAUAGCAGAGAGACGCAACUUCCUGCGCAACGAGACACUAAGGUGGAACAAGCUGAUCACUUUUCUACUUCUACGAUGAGCAACGAAUAUACUCAUGCUGAUCAAAUUUCGAACGGAACGGUUCAAGAAUUAUCUGAUCAAAAUUUCCGCCUCGAUAAAUCGGAGAAAUUGAAAUCCGUCUCGAUAAACAGUCUGUUGGGCUACGAUUGUAAUUUCUCGGACGACAGUCUUGAUCGUGACGAAGAUAAUUUCACAGAAAACGUAACUGACAAAAACGUCGAAGACUCGGAAAAGCACGAAAAGUACGAGAGUCUUUGUCCUCCGGAUGUCGUCGCGCAUACGAAGAAGGAAAUCUCGAAGUCGACGAGUCACGCAGACUCGAUCGGUGUCGAAUCAGUGGACAACGAUUUCGACGACAACGAAGUGUCAUUGCCGAAGAAAAAACUGACUGAAAUAUCAGACAAGAAGAGUCCAAUUCAGGAUUACAAGGCGUUGAUUCUAGGAACGUCGUCUUAUGUCGCGGGCAGCGAUUCCGAAGAAGAAACAACCGCGAAAGCGUACAACCAGUCGGAUAUCGUCAGCAGGAAGAAAGUGUCCUUCUCAGAGCCUAGCAGUCCGGAAGAAAUAACCGACACGCUUGCGACUAGUCGCAACACUUUGACGCCGAGACAAAACUCUUUAAAAUCUAUUAUUAAGAAAAUCAAACCUGUGACUGAAAACUCGAACGUUGCUCGGCAGAAUAUCGAAACCGAUCGACCCUUGCGGAAGAAAGAAGUAGAAUCGGCGAGAAACGAGAAGAUUUCGUCUGCUUUCGACGGAAAUCGAGAUUCCGAAAACUCCGAAGAGUCGCUGAACGAUCACAAAGCGGAGAUCUCUAAUGAGGAUUACGAGGAGACUUGCAACGAAUCGGACAACACCGUCAACAGCGACGAGGACAUCUGUUAUCACAUGAUACCGAGGAGAAAUAUUCUCGAAGAGUAUCUGAACGAAGCGAUGACCUUCAUGCGCAACAUGAACUCUAUCAACGAGUACAUGAGUGCCACUAGCAUGUUGGACAGCUACAAGAAACAUCGUAGAAGACGAAGAGGUAAUCGUGGGAACAGGACAAACAUGGACAAGAAUUACAUGCAGUACCGAGGUCGAAAGGUGAGCCUGAAAGAUGACACCGACAAGUACCUGAAGCCGAGCAAGGACGAUAUCGUCGCUGCUGAGUCCUACGAGAAAUGUAUAAGAGGCAUCGAGAGAUUAGAGGCGUGCAUCGACAGGGUCAGCAAGCACAACCAGGUUCUUCAAGACAGAUAUAGCAUCAGCGUUGAGUCUGCUGGCGCUAAAUCGGGUUUAGCGAAAUCCAGCAUAGAUUCAAAGCUGUUCUCUUCCGGUUGUUCGGGAGACAACGUGAUUCGCCGAUGCGGGAAGAACGCAGUUGUCGAAAACGGUGCGGAUAGUUGCGACGAAUCGAGUUUCUCCAGGAUUUCUUCACCCUUUUUGUCUUCCAUUCAGACUCAAGACGUCACGAGACGCUCGGCGUUGAACGGGACAGAGAAAUACGGAGAAGAGAUUGUCGGUAAAUUCGGCAAACGGGAUCUCGACGAGAGGAACAACAACGUCACAUCCGACGACGAUCUCGAGCGUAAGAUCUUCCGUCAGCUGAUGAGCGCGGUCGAUUCCAGAAAGUGCCGGAAUCCAAGGAGGGAGAAACAUCUGCGGAAAAUAACCGAUCUCGGGUCGCAAAGCCCGACGACUUAUUCUAAAGUUUGGGAAGCUUUCCGACAAGACGCCUCCGGAAUCAUUAAUUUCGACGAAGUUUCCGUCGCCGGGGAUUAUCUCGGCGACAUUCGCGGAAUCGAAAGCAGUCUCGAAGAUUUCAAGAGAACGAAACUAUCGGAUGCGGAGGAUACCGAUUCGAAGACCGAUUCUGUCUGUUCCACGGUCGAUUUCGAGGAAACCUGCUACGAUCGCAACAAAUUGUCGAAAAGAAACGAUAAUCUCCCGAGAAUCGAGAUGCCGAGCGAGUCGACGAGAUAUUCCAAUUGUACGACAGAUCAUCAUUCUGCGAAAUCGACGGGACAGACGUUCAACGUUGAGGAGGAUAUCGCACUGAGAAAUACGCACAUAAUAAAAGACAGUUUAAAGAUCGAACCGACGAAUUCUAGACUCGACUCGCCUUUGGAACUGAAGUAUCCCAGCAGUCCAAGGGCGAAAUUCUUGGAACUUCUAAGAGAGAGAAGACGAAUCGUGGAAAACAGCAGGAGUGCAAACGCGUUUUAAGAAGAUCUCGUUCGCGCACAAAAAUGUAAAUCUGUUUUUCACGUUGCGCAUUGUGUAUUUUUAUUAUAUUACUUUUAUAAAAUAAUAUCCGUUUGAGAAAUGUUAACUAAGAUAACACACUGUACAUAUGUACAACCUUAAUAACAUUCGCUUUAGUAU